UUUUUAGUUUCUUCAAGAAUCUUACAAAAUUUUCAAAAAAAUACAUGAUGCGAGAACGGCUUCAAUAUGCACAAAGCAAGCUGAUUCACAUAGAUUGACAGUGUUUGAUGAGGACAAUGUACCAGAUAUAAAUAAUUUAUUCCGACAGUAUGUAGAGUUAGCAUCGAGUUUUGUCGAUACAGAAAAAACAGAGCCUUUAUGGGAUUUGGCUCAAUGUCUCUACUUCUCAGCAACAACAGAAUCAUCAUCAAAUAUUGCAACACGAUUGAAGGAUUGGUACGAUGAAUUUUAUCCAAUGACAGAUUUAGAAAACCCAGAGAAUCUUGAAGUUUUUGAUAUAUGUGUUCACGCUAAAAAACGCUUACUACGCGGCGAUCUGGAUCAAACAAGUGAUCUGCUGCAGCGUAUAAUCGAGAAAGUUGAUGAAAAAAAAAGUACCUACAUCGUUAAAUUGAUUGAGCUUAUAGAACAAUACGAGACAGGAUUAUAUGAACAAAAUGCUACUGAAUAUCUAAUUCUUUGGCAGCAAUGGCAUCAAAAUAGUCAAUCUUAUUACCAGAACUACAAAUCAAAUUUUAUUAAGGAGGUUACAUAUGCAGAUAAAAUUGAUAACGAAAUCCUAUCCAUGUAUGGUAUCUUGGCUGGUGUCGAAGAACAUUUACGUGAAUGGAGUCAUGAGAGUGGUCGAGAUUGGCUGAACAGCAUUAUAGGCACCAUUCUGUUUACCAGACCACAAAUUUUAGUAUCGCAAUUAAACUCAUUAGCUCAAGAUAUUGGAUCCUACACCAAAGACAAUCUAGCUACGCCAGAAGAGCAGCAUUUUUGGCCUAUAUAUAGUUCAUUGAUUAUGGGUGCAUUUGAUGAUGCACUAGAUGAGAUGGGGGAUUAUUUCUGGUUACAGACCCAUCUCGGACAUGCUUUAAUAGCCAACGGCACCUAUUUUGCUAUAGCACAACCGACUGAUUUAGCAGAGCAGGAUCAAGAAAAGGAAUCUCCGUUAUUGGACCCAGUCUAUCACAGCAUCCACUCUUACGCAAUGAUGCUAGCUCAAGAUUUUGAUAUGUGGAACGAAGCCGUUACAUACAUCAGCUGUUGCUCGCUAAACAAAGAAUAUUGGACUGAACAGCUUCUCGGAAACCCACCAUUACCAACGAAAGACAGCACCUACCUGGAAUCCAUACUUGAAACUGCAGAAUACUAUCACUUGCGAAAUGUCGUAGCUCGUAUUAAUUAUGAAUUAGGUCGUCGUUGCGAAAAAGCCAACAAUAUUCAUGAGGCAACCGUUCGUUAUGCCUUAGCUUCAGAUACUCCAUCUUUGGAUAGAAUGGCUCGACAAUUACUGGAUAUAUACUUGGAGAGAAGGACCUUACAGAGUAUUGUGACAGAUGAGGAAUAUCAUGGUAUCAAACUUGACUUAAAAACCAAAAGCAAUCAUUACAAAGCUCUAUUGGACUACAAUCAUUUUAGAGGUGAAUUAGCUGCAAAGAAGUGGUCUGAUGCCGCAAAGUCUUCUGCGCUUUUGAUACGAAAUGAAUACCUACCCAAACAAUUUAAAGCUGUCUUAAUGGUUGACAUUAUGCAAAUAUUAGAAGAUUCUCAACAUCAUUUUACAGCUAAACAAAUGCGUCAAUUUAUUGAUCUAUUUCAUGAAUUGACAGAGAACUCAAAAACUGAAGCAUUAGUAGCUGAGUAUUACCAACAAACUCGAAACACGCAGUCGGUUUGCAAGGACAUCAUAGCGAGAAUAAGAGAGAGAAUUUCUUAUAAAGCAGCAACAGCACCAGAGAACUUAGCUUGAUCGUUCAAAAAUCAUAAAAGAACUCCUUGAAGAGUAUUGAUUUUCUUUAUUUGAUCAAUUAAAUAGAAAGCUGUUUAAACAAGCAAUGAGAAAUAUACGAGAUACUUUGAAAAUGCGACAAAAUUGACAAACAUCGUUUGAAGAUCACUACACGGAAAAUGAAGCCAUAA